AUGACCAGCAUAUCUGAAUUGAAGCGCGAUGGAAUCGGAAGUCCAAUAGAAUUGAGGAUUAUUCGGAAAUGGAGGCAUGAUGUCCGCCGAUAUGAAACCUGGUUUCUUGGGGUUGACAGAUUUAUCUUAGGGCAACGUACGAACCAGUCAUACAUAGAAUCGGUACUUAAUGUAUCGGAAUGUUACACCAUAUCAAAAUACAGUUGCCCUGAAUUAGAUAAAUAUCAAAAAGUAUUAGAGAACAAUUUUUACAAAGAUGUUGGACUCAGCUCUGUUAUAAAACCACUUGCAAAUACAAUAACCAUCCCAGCUACUUGGUUUCGUUUUGCUUCUAAAUCACAGCUAACAGAACUUGGAGAACAUCCGUCAUACUAUCUAGAUUUCAUUGGUAUGGUGUCCAAGAUCAGAGACUGCACAAAACAUGAUGGCCAACCCACUGGUGACAAAAUAAUUUCUGAAUCUUUUAGAGGCAAUGAGGUCCCAAUAAAUAUAUGGAAAGAAUGCUUUACGAAUCCUAUGAAAUUCAGUCGGAGUCUAAUCAUCCCACCCCCUGCUAUGACAGUUGUGGCAGUCACAAAUCUAAAGCCUUCACUUUCUAGAGGAACAUUACGUCACGGAUCCUCACAUGCUACGCAUGUAUAUGUAAAUCCACAAAUCCCAGAAACCAUAGAAUUGAUGAAUCUGUAUAGUGGUCCAUAUCGACCAUUAACAACACCAUCAGGGAUACCAGCCAACUUGAAGGAAAUCAGAGAAAAAUCACGAUCACAACUCCUGGACAAAACGUUUUUAGUGAAAGCAUCCAUUGCAGACAUUGUGUUCCAAGACAAAUGGUGUCAAAUGAUAUGUCCAACCUGUAGGGAUCCAAUCUUCAAAAGGGGAACGAAAUGGUACUGCGGUGCACACUCAAAGAUCGAAAAACCCAUACUAACCCACAAGUUCCAUGUCACAAUAAGCGAUCCAACUGCCACGAUGUCAGCAGUCAUAUCUAAAACAUCAUUUCGAAAGCUCAUAAAUUCAGACUCAGAGCAUACGGUAGACGACAAUAUAGCUCUUGACAGAAAGACCUUACCAGUGGUGAUCAAGAUACCAGUAACAAGUCAACCAUCAGCUGUUCCAGCAACUCCAUCACAACCUCCACUAACAAGGUCUGCAUUGGAACACAACCCCCCUAUGUCAGACACAACCAGAGGACAGACUGCGCGUACCCUCACUUUUACUACAAAUGAUGAGCCGAUGCCUUCAGCAGAUGUCAAACGCGCCCGGAAAAAAUAA